CGGCUGGGGUGGUGGCGCUAGCAUCGUGUCCGCCAUUACUAAACUUGGCAAUGUCAGAUGUCAUGUCAUAGACGCCUAGUGAUCUUUAUGUGGGAAUUUCUUGCAAAAAUAGGUGUAAAUAGGUGCUGAAAAGUGCUCAAUUGGAUGCCCAAGGUGUUGAACAAGUGCGUGGUAUAGUUAUUUGUGGGUCAGAGACAAUUCCCUGUGCGCUGUGAGAAGAUCUUUCUGGACACUUUUUGGGUGCGCUUCUCCAGUGGAGAGUGAGACAGUGUAUGUGUGUGUUGGGGUCGGCGAAAGCACGGGCGUACUUUUUUUUUUGCCAUUUCCUCACGCAUUUCUCGUGCUAAAUUGGUGAUAUCCUCCCCCAUCCCGGAACUCUGUGUCAUCCCUCCCGCCCCAAAGUGGUGGUACUGCAGCUGGUGCAUCUCUGCAGCCCAGAGUGGAGAAGCUUUUUUUUUGGGUGAGUGAGUGAGCUUUGGAGGUUUUUUUUUUUCUGUUGGUGUUCGCGUGGAAAAGGAAGAUGGACGAGUCACAGCCCAAGACCCUGUAUGUGGGCAACUUGGACAAUUCUGUGUCUGAGGAAUUGCUAUGGUCGCUCUUUGCACAGAUUGGCAUGGUGAAGAAUUGCAAGAUAAUUAGGGAACCUGGCAAUGAUCCCUAUGCAUUCAUUGAAUUUACCAAUCACCAAUCAGCGUCCACAGCACUGACCGCCAUGAAUAAGAGACUCUUCCUGGACAAGGAGAUGAAAGUUAAUUGGGCCACGAGUCCGGGAAAUCAGCCAAAAGCUGACACUAGUUCCCAUCAUCAUAUUUUCGUUGGGGAUUUGAGUCCGGAAAUUGAGACAGAGACCCUGAGGGAGGCUUUUGCACCCUUUGGAGAAAUCUCCAAUUGUCGCAUUGUGCGCGAUCCGCAAACACUGAAAUCCAAGGGAUAUGCCUUUGUGUCGUUCGUGAAGAAGGCUGAAGCGGAGAAUGCCAUUCAGUCGAUGAAUGGACAGUGGCUGGGCUCUAGGUCAAUUCGUACCAAUUGGAGCACCCGUAAACCACCACCACCGCGUGAAACGAGCAAGGGUAUCAAGGGUGGUAAGCCAUCGUACGAAGAGAUUUACAAUCAGACCAGUCCAACAAAUGCCACGGUGUACUGUGGAGGCUUUGCAGCCAAUGUGAUCAGCGAGGAGCUGGUGCACAAGCACUUUGGCCAAUUUGGCGCCAUUCAGGAUGUGAGGGUGUUCAAGGAUAAGGGCUAUGCCUUCAUCAAAUUCACCACAAAGGAAGCCGCAACGCAUGCCAUCGAAGCCACUCACAACACCGACAUCAACGGACAGCCCGUCAAGUGUUUCUGGGGCAAGGAGAAUGGUGGAGAUACCACCAGCAAUGCCCAGCCAUCAAAUCAGAGUCAACCGGUGCAGCCACAGGGAGCACAGUAUCCCUAUUCCUAUCAGCAAAUGGGCUACUGGUACCAACCGGGAUAUCCUGCGGCACAGAUGCCAGCGCAGUACAUGCAACAGGGCUACUAUCCCUAUGCCUACACGAGUCCACAGCAAGGAGCCGGAGAUAUGUUUUCAGCAUAUCGCAUGGUCCAGCCGGCCAAUACGAUGUAUAUGGGAGUCCCCACGGUACAGAGUGUGACGGCCACCAAUGGGGCCGCUGCCAAUCAGCCUCAAAUCAUGUAUACGGCGAUGCCACAGUAUCAGACACAAUGAGACGAACUCAACACUGAGGAUACAGCACAAACAACCAAGAGGAUUAAGAGAUAGAAAUUUUCAUUUUAGGGCUCUCACUCUGUCCACAAAAGCUAUCAAAAAGCAAAAGAUAUUAAAAAAACAAAAAAACUUGUACAAUUAUUGCUACUUAUACUUUUUGAAGAAGAAAAAAAAAGUAUUUUCUCAUGAAAAGUAUCUUUUUUUAAUGAAUUUUGCCGAAAUAUCCCAAAUGAAAAAGACACAUUUUGAUUACAAAAAAUCCUUUUCUAUUUCAGAUUUUUUUUUUUUAAAAAAUUUAAAGAAAAUUUCCUUUAUUUUUUUUAUUUUUAAAAAUCAUGACUAAAAAUUUUUUUCAGUCAAAAAAAAUGCUCUUCCCAGGUUGUUUGUGGUGAGGCAACAUUUUUUUCUUGUCUCGCAAAAAGGAUUUCUAAAACAGAAAUUCUUUUUAAAAAAAAUAGUAAAUUUUAUUUUGCUGUUCUAUUGAAAAUAUCCAUUGUGGGUGAAAAAAAACUACAAAAAAAAAAAUCGCGCGUAACUGGACAAAAUGUGUAUGUAAAAAAACUGAAAAUAUUCCCAUUUGUAAUGUUAUAAGGAACAUUGGAUUUAAUCAACUAAAAAAUAAAAAGAAAAAAAUAAUAAUUUUGCAUAUAGAAUGAAAAUUGAAAUAAAAAACAAACAUUCAACGUGAGAGACGUAGGAUUAACAAAAAAAGCAAAAGAAUUAAUUAAAAAAAAAGGUAAGAAAAGUGUGAAGAGAAAAUCUAAAUAUCAUGGGGGGAAAAUGCGCAUUGAUUUUUAAAGAGAAUGGGUAUUGAGAAAUGUGUGAUAUAUGUUAAAAAGAAAAGGAAAAAUAAACUAAAGAUAGCGGAGAAAUAUAUUAAAAAUAGAAAAAUUACACUCGAAACACUUUUUUUCUCGCGUCAGAACUUUUUAUUUUUUAUUUAACGGAUGUGUGUUUUUUUUUUGCUAAAAUAUUCAAGCAUUUUUAUUUUUGCAAAAAAGAAAAAUCCGAGCGUAAUAAACUUUUCCUAUUUUAGAAAUUUCAGAGAAAAAUUUAUGAUAAACCUUUUGGCAAUACAGCAAUGCUAAUAUUUUAUUUAUUUCCCAAUUUUUUUUCCUAGUUUAAACAUUUUUAAAUUAACUCAAUUUUUUUGUGGUUUUGUGUGAAAAUAAUUUGUUUUUUGGGACAAAUUUUGGAGGAAAAUUGAGUUUGGAAGGUAUUUAACAAGUAAAUGAUGGAAACAUAGUGACAUAGAAUACAGUCAGAGAAAAGUUUACUAUGAGGCAGUUGCUAGAAAGCUGACAUAUUGGGCGUAAUUCGUUAUUUAGCUUAAAAAAAAAGGAAAGUGAGGUUAUGUUGAUCCUAACCUCAAAAAAUGCUUUCGGGCUUUUGAGUAUAAAAAACCGCGAAAUUUUCUGAAUGCAAUUAAAUUUUGACUAUUUUGUUAAUUGGAUAGCAUUUUUACAUUUCAUGCAAUGCUCUGAGAUAUUCGACUGACAGCUGUCAAAUACACGAGUAUUUGACAAUACACCCAAUCUCCCAAGUAUCGCAGAGCUCAGUGUAAUUUCUAAAACAGUUUCCAACUGUUCCAAAUUGAAUUGUGAAAUUAGGCACCUCUUUCCAUGAAAUACACACCAAGUCUAUUAAUAGAUUUCCUAAUAAAUUUGACAGUUAAAAAUUCGAUCGCCUGCAUCAGUAAUUUAGAACAGUUGGGAACUAAUUUGAGAACUCAAAGUACGCUGAGUUCCCCGAUAUUCGAGUGAUAGCUGUCAAAAAAGCCAAAAAAUCCUCCUCGCAUGGGUUUCUAUCUGACAUUUUCGGUCGUAAUCCCCCAAAUAUCGAAGAGCCCAGUGUAAUUCCCAAAACAGUUUCCAACUGUUUCAAAUUGAAUUGUAAAAUUAGUCACGUUUUUCUAUGAGCCACACUCCAAAUCAACUUAGAUUUCCUAAUAAAUUUGACAAUUAAAAAUUCAAUCGAUUGCAUCAGUAAUUUAGAACAGUUGGGAACUAAUUUAAGAACUAAAAAUUAAAAAUUCUAUUCAUAAUUGAGGGAUUUGAAUUAAAUUAGAUAAUCUGGAACUUUUAAAACUUUCUUAUUAUUCGGGGAAUUUAGAGAAUGUGACUGAAUACUUGUCAUUCUCUGAUUCAUCCAAAAUAUUUUAAAAUUUAGUAAGGUUAGAAUGGAGAGGAUCUAAUAUCUUCAUGAUUAUUGAGUUCAUGAUUACCUUACUUAGUCUCUGAAACGAACAAAUUAGUAAAAAUAAUUUCUUCUAUUCUCAGAAAUUUCGAGUGAGAUGCUUUCGAUAAGCAUAACCUUUUUUAUGGUUAUGUUUCGCAUAACCUUACAUAUUAUUAAGAAACUUCUUAGGUUAAUAAAUAGAUCAGGCUCAUUAUCAUAGAUUUUUUUGUGAAUAUUAAAAAAUAGAGAACAAAAUUAUUUUGUAUAAAUUGGUAUAGAAAUUACAUAACCUAAAAAAUGCAGUCUUUGCAUCAUACUAAACACAAUUCUAAAAAAAACUUUAUAAAAUGAUUUCGUAUGUUUCUGUGGGAGAUUUUGCAUAUUAAAAAUCCUGGAAUUUUUGCACCAUUUUGUGGUUAUGGGAAAAGUAAACAGCACAAAUAAGCAUAACCUAGAAAAAUAGAUUUUGGCAGCCAAAAGAGUUUUGAAAUGUUCAUCGAAAUAUAUUAAAUAGUUGUAUUAUAUUUCCAAAUGCUGAAAUUUGGACACUAAGAAAAAAACGAGGGUGCGAUUAACUUUUUUUCCUCAUAACUUUAACACUUUUUUGGUGUAAAAAUAUAUCAAAAUUUUUUAAUGUUAAUUUUACAACUUUUUAAGGGUAAAAUGAACAUGGAAAAGGGUAGCUUUAACCCCUAAUACACCUUAAAAGCAUAAUAUUUACUCUGAUUUCAGAUCAAUACUGCAGGGUAAAAUAAAACAUUUCCGGAAUGUUAUUUUAACUUUUUCGGAUUUCUUUCAGUGGCUGUAAAAUAGGGAAUCCUAAGGGUCCGAGCUUUUAUUAAAUUGUUCAUUUAGGUUAAGUGACUUUCAGCUUAACCUCACUUUGAAAUGUCACCUCAUAUUUUUGGAGUUUUCUUCAUUAGAAGAUUUCGAAUAUUUUGGAGAUUUCAGGAAAAAUAUUUUAAGAUCUACCUAAAUUUGAGCUUUAUAUUAAGCAAAAAAAUACGGAUUUUUGAAAAUAUCACAUCGAUUUUUACCUUAUUUUCAGGUCAAAAGUGAUAUUUUUGCUUCUAAAUUUAAUUUCACUCUUCAAAUUUAACAAUUAUCUGCUUAAAAGUGUUUUAUAAAAAGUUGUAACCUCUCGUCUUAGGUUACUUCUUCAUCUAAUUGAGGUUAUAUUUAUUAAAAAAAAGACUUUUAAAAAUUUGAAAAUAAACUAGAAGUAGCAAGAAAUGUAUGUAAUGUAUAUCCGAUCAGCCUAGAAUAUUUCUGUUUUAAAUAGGUCUACCUAAUAGAAAUUGUUCUUAUACAAAAAGAAAUUCUUAGCUGAACGGAGAUAUACAUCACUUAUUUUAUCCACUUCACGCUACCGUCUUAAUUGAAUUUCGUUGGGUGUUUUUGAGGUUAUGUUUGUCACAAUUAUUUACGGAAAAUGAAAAAUGAAAACAAACUAGAAGAUAAGAGCUACGGUAACAUCAAAUAAGUUUAGAAACUUUAUUAAAUAUACGAAAGGUGAUGUUGCUAAGAUAAAUCUUAUUUUACAACAUUUCUCGUGUAUAUAAAAUUCCACAACAUAUCUAAGGUUAUGUUUGCCACAAUAAUCCGGAAAAGGGCAAUUACAAAUAACCUAGGAGUUACGAGCCACCGUAGCCUCAAAUAAGUUGAGAGAGUUAGUUCUAUGGAAGGUUAUGUUGUAAAAGUAAAAUUGACUUUGCAACAUUUACCGUGUAAAAUAACGCCACAACAUAUUUGAGGCUGUGUUAGCCAUAAUUAUUAACGGAAAAGGAAAAUUGAAAAUAAACUAAAAGAUACAAGAUAACAUAGCCUCAAAUGUUGAGAAAUAUGUACGAGAGGUUAUGUUGCGAACUUACGCUUCUUUUAGCUAUACAAUCUCUUGUAUAUUUAAAUAAUUCCUCAACAUAUUUGAGGUUAUGGUAACCAAAGUAUCUUACGUCCAAGGAAAAUUGAUCCUGUUUGAAGAUACAAGAUAACAUAGCCUCAAAUAUGUUGAGAAAUAUGUACAAGAGGUUAUGUUGCGAAUUUACGCUUCUUUUAGCUAUACAAUCUCUUGUAUAUUUAAAUAAUUUUCUCAUCGUAUUUGAGGUUAUGGUAACCAAAAUAUCUUACGUCCAAGGAAAAUUUAUCCUGCUUGAAUUGAAAAUUGAUUCCUUCUACUAUGAAUUGCAGUAAUACAAAAUUGAAAACAAUCUAAAAGAUACUAGUCUCUCAUAACCUAAAAAAUGUGGCCACUCUUGGUUGGUAGAAUUGUUAAUAUCCUUUCCGAACGGAUUCUUUUCUCCAAGUUUGCUGCCACGGAAAUUAAUAAAUAAUCCCGAGUGGUUUAUGGCAAAUUGGGAUAGGUUUUUGCAUGAAUAAAAUCCUUGGAAUUGUGGUUAUCUAUGAGAUGAAACAUAACCAAAAAAAAACUGAUCUUGGGCUGAAGCAAUAAUUUGCAGGGAAUCUUCACUGGAAUAAGUUUACUUCUAGUUUUAAUGGCACAAACUUGCAGGUUAUGUCACAUUCAACAUAACCUCAAUGUAGAGCUCUUCUCGAUUUUAGAAAAUUCCACCACAAUGUUUGCAGGAAGUUUCUUUUUUUCACAAAAAAAAGUUCUAUGUUGCUGUGUUUCCACAAUAAUUCUAUCUCAAUUGAAUUAAGAGAAAAAUUUAAGUGAAAAUGAAAGACCUGAAAAUUCAUUGAUUAGUAAUUUCCCCCUCAAAGAGAUAAAUGAUUGGAAAUCAAUAAAAAAGAAGCGUAUAAGAUUGAAAAUGGAUUUUAAGUUUAAGAGUGAAGGAGAAAAAAUAUAUAAUCAAUCAGACAAAAAUAUUUAUAGUGUCUGAAAAUCUUUGUAAAUAUUGAAAAGGAUAGAGAGUUGAGAGAAGAAAGCAAAUAAAGGAAUUAAUUAUGAAGACAAAAAAAAUCGUGAAAUCAAGCAAAUCAAAGCAAAAAAAAUAUUCUCCAUUUUAUGAAAAAGAAAAUCAUUAACUGUUUCCAAAAAAACACUGAAUUAUGUAAAUACAGAGAAUAAAACAAGAGGAUAUUGUGUAAAAAAAAUACCGCAGAAGAAAAUAUUUAGGGGUGAUUGUUGUGGGAAACAAAAUAUAAAAAAAAAAUAAAGUAAAAUGAAAAAAAUAAUUCUAUUGAAGAGAGUGAAUUGUGGGCUGAAAUUAGAGAAAGAUAGAAGAGGAAUAUUAUCACUAAAAAAAGCGCUGCAUAAUUUAUUAAUUAACGAGAUGAAGAAGGAAGAAAAACAUGAUUUUAGUGCAGAAAACAAUUAAUCGACUGCAGAAAAAAAAUAUGUUGAGGGUGAAGAUAUAUUUUUAUACGAUAUAUGCUUUUGAUCCCGUUGAUAGUCACGAAAUGGUAGAUCCUUUAUCGUCAUUUUUUUUUUAACUUGGAAUUUGGUGAUUUUUUUCUUUCAGAUGAUCGGUUGAAAGGACACAAAAUAAAUUCGAUUUAAUAACAAAAUAGAGAAAAAAAUUAAGUCACAUUCCAAUAGCAUAUCAACUGCAGACAACGAGAAAUAUUUGUUCAAAAUACGUUUUUUGAAAAAAAUUGAAAAAAUCUUUUGGGAUUGAUCACUUUAAAAAAAUAUUUAAUUUUCUAUAAAUCAUUUAAUCGCGAUAAAAUAAUCUCUGAAACUCCUAAAAAAACGUGUCCUUAGCAUCUAUCAAUUCGACAACAUUUUUAAAAAAAAAUCAUCUUGAAAACACUGAAUGUCGAUCAACGGAAAGUAAUAAAAAAAAGAAGAAAAAAAUAUUUAUUUUAUAGAAAGAUCGAAAGAAAAACCAAUAAUAUUCAAUUGCCUCAUCUUUUUUGCAAAUGAAUAUAGGAAGAAGAUUAAAAAAAAAGAACCUUGGAAGAAGUGGUUUAGUAAGUCGAAGUAUGUUUUAUAUAAUAAACAAUAUACAACUUUAAUUAAUUAUGAAUGAAUAAAAUGCCCGACGGACGUGAGGAAAACAAUAUUUGAGAAAUGAAUUGAGAAUGGAUAAAGAGAGAAAUAUUGGCUUGGGGAAGUUGAAUUUUGAAAUAAAUAUGGAUUCUAAGGAGGUUUGGUGAAGAUGUGCUGAAAGGAAGAUGGAAUUGUAGCAAGUAAGUUGAUGAUGAAAAAGUAACUGUAAGAAUAUUAAUGAUAGUUACAUUUUAGAUAGGAUACAAAUAUGAAAUGUAAUAAGAGCACAUUGAUAUAAGAAAGAAAUAAAAUAAAAAUUUGGAAAAGCCCAAAAA